AUGGAUUCAAGGAAUCCAUAUAGUCAGCGUUCAAGUUAUGUAGGCCUUCUUAACAGUCAACAAGAAAACUUUCCUUAUGGAAGUUUUCCUUCUACUGUGAACUUUGGAGCCUCAGAAAUCCCUCCUUUCAGUUCCCAACAAUCUGAGGCUCCAGGUCAACCUGAAGCCACACUAGUGGAGCGUCGGGAGAGAAGGAAAUGGACCCCAACUGAUGACGAGGUUCUAAUCAGCGCCUGGCUAAACACAUCUAAGGAUGUUGUUGUAGGAAAUGAUCAAAAGUCAGGGACCUUCUGGAAACGAGUAGGAGAAUACUUCGCAACAAGCCCGCAUGGUAGAGAGUUGUCUUUAAAGGGUGAGCAUCUCCAUUGUAAACAGAGGUGGCAGAAAAUCAAUGAUCUGACGAACAAGUUCUGUGCCGCAUACGUUGCUGCAGAGAGACAAAAUUGCAGCGGUCAGAAUGACAAUGACGUUCUAAAGGUGGCUCAUAACUUCUUCUACUCUGAUCACAACUUAAAGUUUAACCUUGAACAUGCGUGGUGUGUGUUGAGGUAUGAGCAGAAAUGGAUAAACCUGAACACUCCUCAAGCUAGUGGCAGUUCAAAGAGAAAAUGUUGUGAGGGUGGUUCCCAAUCUUCAAGCACCACUGUUGGUGACCAUGAGAUCCGGCCUGAAGGUAUCAAGGCUGCAAAAGCAAGAAGGAAUAAUGCUCAAGGGAAGGCUCUUUCUGAUUAUAAGAGCAUGUGGGAGCUGAAGAUGGAAGAUUUGGCGACGAAGGAGAAACUGUCAAAGCUGGCCAUAUUGGAUACUCUCCUUGCUAAAAAGGAACCACUUAGUGAGACUGAAGAAACUGUGAAGAAUAAACUCCUGGCAGAGUAUUUCUAA